CUUCUUCACAUUGCAGGCGAGGAGAGGCCGAAUCCGAUGAUGUGCAAGGACAACACGUGCAUGGAAUGGAUCGGGAGCGAAGUUCUUUCGGGACUUGAGUUAAGGUCUUGCACUAGUGCUGCAAGUGCAGCUAGUAACAGUGAACUGAAAACUCUUCUCUCCGUUGGAGGUUGGAACUAUGGAACCUCUGGAUUCAACACAAUGGUGUCCAAUUCCCAGAACCGACAGACAUUCAUUACUUCUGUCAUCAAGUUCCUGAGACAGUAUGGAUUUGAUGGGUUGGACAUUGACUGGGAAUACCCUGGUGAUUCAGACAGAGGGAGUCCCCCACAAACCCAACAGCAGUUCUCUGUUCUGCUGCAGGAAAUGCAUGAUGCAUUUGUUCAAGAAGCCAGUCAGAGCAACAAACCACGCCUGCUCAUCUCUGCUGCUGUGUCUGCUGGCAAGUCCACCAUUGAGGCUGGUUACCAGAUCCCACAGCUAUCUCAGUACUUGGAUCUCAUUAAUGUGAUGACAUAUGAUCUCCGUGGUUCAUGGGAAGGGUUUACAGGAGAGGACAGUCCUCUGUUCCAGGGUCCAGCUGAUCAGGGUGGCUACAUCUACUUCAAUGUGGAUUAUGCUAUGAAUUACUGGAAAGAUAAUGGUGCUGCACCUGAAAAGCUCAUGGUUGGGUUCCCAGCAUAUGGACGGACAUUCACACUUAGUAAUCCAUCUAAUAAUGGCCUUGGUGCACCAACAUCAGGUGGAGGACCUGCUGCCCCAUACACACAAGAGGCUGGAUUCAUGGCAUACUUUGAGAUCUGUGAUUUCUUGAAACAAGAUGCUACAGUGGUUUGGAACAGCCCUCAAGAAGUUCCUUAUGCUUACAAAGGAAGUGAGUGGAUUGGAUAUGACAACCCAAAGAGCUUCCAGAUCAAAGCAGAGUGGCUGAUGAAGAACAACUUUGGAGGUGCCAUGGUUUGGGCUCUUCCUUUGGAUGACUUCAGUGGGACUUUCUGUGGACAAGGCAAAUACCCCAUGAUGAACGCUCUAAAAUCUACUCUUGGAAUCUCAUUUCCAAAUUGUAAGACACCCACUGUAACUGUUGCUCCCAAUACAGCACAACCAGCUACGGCCGCAGCACCAACUGCCGGUAGCAGCAGCAGUGGUUUCUGUGUUGGAAAGGCAAAUGGUCUCUAUCAAAAUCCCAGUGAAAAAAGUGGCUUCUUUAACUGCGUUAAUGGGAAAACCUAUCAGGAGUCCUGUCAGACAGGCCUUGUUUUUGAUACCAGCUGCAAUUGCUGUAACUGGGCAUGAAGAGGAAACGGAUUGAUAUAGCCAAAAAAACUGUCCUUAUUAUGGUAGUGACCCCGUUGUUGGGCAUCCAUUCUGUAAUAAUGCUUUAAUAAA